AUGAGUGCGCUCCUAUGGGUAACCACAGUUGCUGGCUACGUCAUCCAAACCAAAUCUAUUUCCCACAUAUACUCCAACACAGUCGAUCAAAAGACAGAUGCUUUGUACUUUCUGUUUACACAUUAUGCUUCGUGGAUCUUGGUGUCACCAUUAACCAUACUAUAUUACUGUGUCAAGAACCGCUCGCAGCCAAAAAGCCAAGCAAUUGCAAUGCGCUCUCUGGGUACAAGGGACAAUAUCUCAGAAGACGUGGAAACUCAAAUAUUAGAAUCCAAACAAUCUAGGAUAGACAUCAUUCAUCUAAUAAAACUAUUUGUCCUUGCUGUUCUAAUGGCGAUAGGUGGAUACACCUACUUUAUGUCAUUGAAAAUGUCACCUGCCGUAGACAUUGCUAUCAUUGACAACACGUCUAAAUUUGAAAUUGUUUCACUACUUAUAGGUGUUUGCGGUAUCACAUCAAGACGCCAUGUCCUUAGAAACUUCCUGUUGAUGACACUUAUAUUAGUCGGCGUUGUCAUUGUAUCUUACACAAAGGCAACGUGUGAUCUGCUCUCCGGGAAGCUGUCUAUUAACCAAGAAACAGGUGAACUGACAGAUCCUUUUCUCUUUGAUAGGCUCAAAGGUGCCCUGAUAUGUGGGUUGGGUGCUUUAGUGAAUGGCCCUAUUAUCGUGCUGUGGAAUAAGUGGAUUGUGAGAGGGAUUGUUGAGGCUUCAGAUACCGAUGAGGACGAAGAUGGCAUCGAUCAAAUUACUAAUAAGAACUCAUCGGUCGAAAAGUCAUUGGCAAUCAAUUACCAAAUUAGUUUGAUAGGCAUAAUAAACCUUUUAUUUUUAGGGCCCAUUUUGUUGUUCAACUGUCGUCACAAUCCACCUACACAAACUGUGGGCUUCAAGUCGGCAUGGACCAUUGUUUCCGUCCUUCUUGGUCAUCUUCCUAUGCUUUUGUCUUACGUGCAUUUGUCUGAGAAGUCAUCCCCGGAAUUCGCAACAACCACUUUCAUCGGAUCGAUCAUAGCUACUGCAAUUGCGGAAUGGAUCGGAGAGAGCACUAUGACAAUUGUAACUAGAUGGGAAGUUGUCGGGUACUUAAUUGUGAGUAUCGGAGCUAUACUGCUUGCUUCCAACUACAAGUCCACCAAACAUUUCUAA